AUGGACAGCAACCUCUACCUCUUAGCUUUAACGAAGCGAAACACAAAUGCUGCUGAAAUAUUACUUUUCCUCCAUAAGAUCGUCGAAGUCUUUACAGAAUACUUCAAAGAAUUGGAGGAAGAGAGCAUACGUGAUAAUUUUGUUAUCAUAUACGAAUUACUAGAUGAAAUGAUGGACUUUGGAUAUCCGCAGACGACAGAAAGCAAAAUAUUACAAGAGUACAUUACGCAGGAAUCGCACAAACUGGAAAUACAAGCAAGACCACCUAUUGCUGUAACGAAUGCUGUAUCAUGGAGGAGUGAAGGUAUCCGAUACCGGAAGAAUGAAGUAUUCCUUGACGUGAUCGAGUCAUUGAAUCUGCUAGUCUCGGCCAACGGUAAUGUCCUGCGCUCAGAGAUCCUUGGGGCUAUUAAGAUGAAGUGCUAUUUGAGUGGUAUGCCGGAACUACGAUUAGGAUUAAACGAUAAAGCCAUGUUUGAAACGACCGGGCGAGCGACAAGGGGCAAAGCAGUAGAAAUGGAAGAUGUCAAAUUCCACCAGUGUGUUCGAUUAUCUCGAUUUGAAAAUGACCGGACUAUCAGUUUCAUUCCGCCGGAUGGAGAAUUCGAACUCAUGAGUUAUCGAUUAAAUACCCAAGUGAAGCCUCUGAUAUGGGUAGAAUGCCUUGUAGAGUCACACUCUGGCUCGCGGAUCGAAUACAUGCUUAAAGCUAAAGCACAAUUCAAACGCCGUAGUACAGCAAAUAAUGUGGAGAUUUUGGUUCCAGUACCUGAAGAUGCAGACUCUCCUAGGUUUAGAACAAACAUUGGUACUGUUCAUUAUGCUCCCGAGAAAUCAGCAAUUAUUUGGAAGAUCAAGCAGUUUGGUGGUGGGAAAGAGUUUCUCAUGCGGGCUGAACUAGGGUUACCGUCUGUCAAGGGUGAUGACGAACAUGGUGGAGGCAUGACUGGCGGGUUUGGAGGAAGUAUGGGCGGUGCGGGUCAAAGUGCUAAAGGCAAACGACCCAUUAACGUCAAAUUCGAAAUUCCGUACUUUACAACUAGUGGCAUCCAGGUUCGCUAUUUGAAAAUUAUUGAGCCAAAGGUAUGUGCGCUACCGCAUUUUCUCACAUCAUUAACAUCAAGGUCCCUCUCCCAAUUUUUUAUAUUUGAUGGCAUUGCCGCAUUUUAUGGGGUACCUGAUCUCAAGGCCAUUUGUCGUGUUUCAACCGGUCCUCGCUGGCUGAUUGACAUGCACUUCUCCGCCAAAGCCCCUUUUACUUGCCUCCUUGCAUAUAUCCAGGCUGCAGUGCAGAAGUCUGCCCUUCGUUUAGUGUUAACAUACAUGGUAUUAUGUGGCCGGAAUUCACUGACUUUUUGGAAUAGCUUCAAUACCCGUCUCUCCCUUGGGUUCGUUAUAUCACUCAAUCAGGCGACAUUGCUGUUCGUUUACCCGACGUCCAGUGAGGAAUACGUUCACCUAAAAUACUUUACAUAA